ACGUUGGUGGUACACCACCACACUUGCUGCGCUGGCAAAGGGGGAGGAGGAGGAGGAGGAGGAGGAGGAGGAGGAGGAGGAGGAGGAGGAGGAGGAGGAGGAGGAGGAGGAGGACGGCGACGACGACGACGACGACGAGGAGGAGGAGGACGAGGAGGAGGAGGAGGGAGCAGAAGAAGAGGGACGGUAGGGAGAGCGGGAGAAGGAAUCCGAUCGGAUCGGACAAAGAACUAAAUCCGAUCCUGGAAGAUUUGAUUGC